AAAUAUAUUAAAAAAAAAAAAGAACUGGGCUUCGGUGUCUAUAGGAACCUGAGUGAGGUCGGUAUGUCCGCGAUUCACGUAACCAUCAGCGUUCUCUGGGGCUCCAGCCUCUGGCAACUGCGGCUGGAGGGCCCUUUGUUCUAGACCCGGAGCCGGCUCCCGGAAGUGGGUCGACCCCGCCCCGCUGCCCGCUGGCCCCGCCCCCCGCUCGCAGGUGGCGGGGGACGCGGAUGCACGCGUCCCCACCAAUCACGUUGCCUGUCGCUAGCGCGCGGAAGGGGGCGUGGCCUAGACGAGCCCGGCCCACAGCUCAUGAAUAUGAGGCACGGCCUCUGCCUAUGGGGCUUGGGAUUGGCCAACGCGGAGCAGGGGGUGGCACCCGGGGGCGGAGCCAGGAGGCGGCGUACAUAAGGCCAGGCGCCCGGUUACCCCCCUCACUCGCACGUUAGGAGGCUCUGGUCGUUUCGCACCGUCGUCUUCCUGCCUGCGUCAGGGACCUGCCCUACUCAGUGGCCACCAUGGCAUCAGAUGAAGGCAAGCUUUUCGUUGGAGGGUUGAGUUUUGACACCAAUGAGCAGUCGCUGGAGCAGGUCUUCUCAAAAUAUGGACAGAUUUCUGAAGUGGUGGUCGUGAAAGACAGGGAGACCCAGCGGUCACGGGGCUUUGGGUUUGUCACCUUUGAGAACAUCGACGAUGCCAAAGAUGCAAUGAUGGCCAUGAAUGGGAAGUCUGUGGACGGGCGACAGAUUCGAGUUGACCAGGCUGGCAAGUCAUCUGAUAACCGAUCCCGUGGGUACCGAGGUGGCUCUGCUGGGGGCCGGGGCUUCUUCCGUGGGGGCCGAGGCCGGGGCCGUGGUUUCUCCAGAGGAGGAGGGGACAGAGGCUAUGGGGGGAGCCGGUUCGAGUCCAGAAGUGGGGGCUAUGGAGGCUCCAGAGACUACUACAGCAGCCGGAGUCAGGGUGGUGGCUAUGGUGACCGGAGCUCUGGAGGGUCCUAUAGAGACAGCUACGACAGUUAUGGUAAGUCACGCUCUGAGGGCCAGUGGUGGGAGCUCAGCAAGCCUCAGCACCCUCUAUGAGCGACACUCAGACCUUGUCACUGUGCUUGCCCAUAAGGGAUGAGAUUGCCCUCUCAGGUCUCCAUGCAGCAGCCAUUUCUACAACAAAACAUAAAGCUAGACCAGACUGACCAAGAAGGAAAGGGAGACGAGGGGCCUGCCAAGCAGGCAGCAUAACUGCAUGUGCGGCCACCCGGCCCCGCCGCCCUUGGCUGUGGGGGGGGUUGGUUGCUCCCGAGGCUGCAGGGCCGAGCCCCAGAUCUGGACCCGGGAGUGGAAUGCUGCCUCUUGUUGCGUGCUUCAGUGCUUUUACACUGUACCUGCUUCUUGUUCUCAGCUACACACAACGAGUAAAAAUCCUUCCUGCUCAAGAUCGUCCUUCCAAUGGCUGUAUAUUUAAAGAUUUUGGGAGCUUCGCUGAAUCGUUAAUGUGUAGUGAACACACCUCCUUGUACCCACUUUUGUAGUCUAAUCAGUUCUGAUCUUGUCAAACACAGCCUGACUGCUUCUGACCCCCGAGAUGGCUUCAAUACUAGACUUUACUUUUCAAGGAAACACUGUCCGUUUUUAAGGGUUUUAAAAACGUUUUGAAAAGCACUUCAGAUUUUACUUUUUUCUUUUUACCAUGAGCCAUGAGUUUUUUAGAAAAUCAUCGGGGGUUGUGUGGGUUUUUUUUGUUUUUGGUUGUGUUGUCUUUUUUACUUCCCUUUAUAGUGGGGUUGGCCUGGUGAAGUUGGGUCCUCCGAUUCAAACCUCUUUGAGAUUGGACGGACUCUGAGUCUGCUCUCUGUUGGAAGCUGAGGGAGCUGUGGCUUUUUUCCAACUUAAUGUACCGUUUCUGAGUGUAGCAUGGUAGGACCUGUCCCAAGUCCCAGGUGGCAGCAGAGGUGCCUUGCCACUUGGGCCCGGCCUGUACGGCCCAUCUGCUGUGUAUGACUUACAGUAGACUUGGAGAUGUCCCCAAGAGGUUCUUGAAAAUGUUUAUUUAUAUUGUCCUUUUUUACUGGAAGACGUAUGCAUAUCCCAUUGAUGUUGUAUUUGAAGUGGUUAAGGAAUUCUUGUACACAGUUUUUUUUUUGGCUUUACGAAGCAGAUUAAAAAACCAUCUGAAAUGAACCUC